GCUUGUGGCCGCAGAUGCCCCUUCUCCGUCUAAACGAGCAGCAGGACCCCGUCCCAAGCCCGACGUGAGGCGGCAGAAAUGGCCCUGAGCCCAGAGCCGACGAGCAGCACCGCGCCCGAGUCGCCUGGCGCCCCCAACGCAUCCCUCAACAGCUCGUGGGCCAGCCCCACGGAGCCCAGCUCCCUGGAGGACCUGGUGGCCACGGGCACUCUCGGGGUGCUGCUCUCGGCCAUGGGCGUGGUGGGCGUGGCGGGCAACGCGUACACGCUGGCGGUCACCUGCCGCUUCCUGCGCGCCUCGGCCCCCCUGUACGUCUACGUGGUCAACCUGGCGCUGGCGGACCUGCUCUACCUCCUCAGCGUCCCCUUCAUCGUGGCCACCUACGUCACCAGGGAGUGGCACUUCGGCGACGUGGGCUGCCGCCUCCUCUUCAGCCUGGACUUCCUGACCAUGCACGCCAGCAUCUUCACCCUGACCCUCAUGAGCAGCGAGCGCUACGCCGCUGUGGCGAGGCCGCUGGACACCGUGCGGCGCUCCAAGCGCUACCGCAAGCUCCUGGCGCUGGGCACGUGGCUGCUGGCGCUGCUGCUGGCGCUGCCCAUGAUGCUGGCCAUCCGGCUGGUCCGCAGCGGCCGCAAGAGCCUCUGCCUGCCGGCCUGGGGCCCGCGCGCCCACCGCGCCUACCUGACGCUGCUCUUCGGGACCAGCAUCGUGGGGCCCGGCGUGGUUAUCGCGCUCCUGUACGUCCGCCUGGCCCGCGCCUACUGGCUGGCGCAGCGGGCCUCCUUCCCGCAGACGCGGCGGCUGCCCAACCCCAGGGUGCUCUGCCUCAUCCUGGGCAUCGUGCUGCUCUUCUGGGCCUGCUUCCUGCCCUUCUGGCUGUGGCAGCUGCUGGCCCAGUACCGCGGGGCGCAGCCACUCCCGCCCCGGCCGGCCCGCAUCGUCAACUACCUGACCACCUGCCUCACCUACGGCAACAGCUGCGUCAACCCCUUCCUCUACACGCUGCUCACCAGCAACUACCGCGACUACCGCCGGCGCCCGCUCCGCCGCCGCCCGGGUGCCCCCGCCGCCGGCGUGCGCAGCAUCCGCGGCAUCCCUCAGGAACGCCCCCGCCGCCCGCGCGCCUCGGCCCGCUCGCUGUCCUCCAGCAGCCGGCCGGCCACUGAAACCAUCGCGCUGUCCCCCGCAGCGCCUGGGGGGCUCUGCGCCUGAGCAUCUCGGGCCGGCGCGUGGGUGGGGGGACCCAGAGCCCAGGUCGCUCGCGGCGCUCCUCCUCCAGACCGCCCCCCUCCUCCGACGCCUUCUAGAAAGCUUCCCCCGCCCCAUCUCCGUCGCUCUCUUGGGCUCCCUCUGCCCCGCCCCGCCCAUCGCUGAGGACCAGCUUCAGAAGAACCUGGCGGGUGGCGUCUCCACUGCCCUCGGCGGACGUGAGCGCCUGCGGGCUGCCUGCGUAGGACACCUGUCCCGGCCGGGGCCUGGCCCCGCAGCACCCGGCCCCAUCCCCGCCCCGCCCCCACGGGGCUCCGUCUCCAGCAGCUUCAGCACCUGGAGCAAUAAACCCUGGGCUCUUCCACACUCAGCCGCAGCAGCCAGGGUGGGAUGUCGAGGGAGGCGGCCCCCAGGAAGGCCCCCCCGCCACCUGGAGGCGCCUGCCUGGCUGGAGAGGCUGCACAUCCAGCCACCCUGACCGGGUAGGCUGGUGUCAUCCCGCUGAGCUGGGCCCUGGGGUGUGGGGCCUGAGACCCUGGGGCCAGGCGGGGAGCUACCAGGCCAACCUGCUCAGGGAGGAGGGGCAGCAAGGCGCCGCUCCAGGGCAGGAACAGGUGCCCAGACUGAACCCAGGGGCCAGACUUACGCUCCCCCUGGCAGCUCGCUGCCUCGCCCUCCCCGACAUAUGGGGGUGGGGGUGGGGUGUGAUCACACGACACAUGGAGGGGUUCACGCGGUGCCUCUUGGUGCAGCGUGCC